AUGGACUUGAGUGUGGGGGGGGCCUAUAUGAAACUCUUAACUGAAUCCAAAGAUGGAAUCCAAGCCGUUGAAUUUUCAGACAAGACACCUUAUACGAUCAUGUUUGGGCCUGAUCGAUGUGGUAGCACCAAUAAGGUUCACUUUAUAUUCCGACACAAAAAUCCACUUACUGGUGAAUACGAAGAAAAGCAUUUGUCAAGUGCUCCUUCAGCCAAAACAGUAAAACUUAGUACUUUAUAUGGGCUGAUCGUGAGACCCGAUAAUACAUUCGAAAUUCGAAUUAAUAAUGAGUCAGUCAAAACUGGAAGUCUUCUCAAAGAUUUUUCACCAGCGGUCAAUCCUCCAAAGGAAAUUGAAGAUCCUGAUGACAAGAAGCCAAGUGAUUGGAUUACUAGAUCUUUAUCUAAAGAAAGAGUAAUUAUUAGGGAUGAAGAUGCACCCCUUGAAAUCCCCGAUGAAGACGCUCAAAAGCCAGAAGGUUGGCUCGAUGAUGAACCCCUGAACAUCCCUGAUCCGGAAGCCAAAAAGCCUGAAGAUUGGGAUGAUGAAGAAGAUGGUGAUUGGAUUCCUCCAAGCAUUCCAAAUCCAAAGUGCGAAGAAGCACCUGGAUGUGGUGAAUGGAAACGACCAACAAAACGUAAUCCCAAUUACAAGGGCAAGUGGUAUCCACCAGAAAUUGAUAACCCUGAAUAUAAAGGUCCAUGGGCUCCUCGUAAGAUUCCAAACCCGAAAUUCUUCGAAGAUUUAACUCCUUCUAAUUUUGAAAAAAUUGCCGCUGUUGGAUUUGAGAUUUGGACUAUGCAAAGUGAUAUUUUGUUUGAUAAUAUUUAUAUCGGUCAUUCCGAGGAAGAUGCUCAAAAAUUCGCUGAAGAAACUUGGGGAGUUAAAUACAAGAUUGAAAAGGAAAAAGAAGAUAAAGACAACAAAAUUUCCGACGAAGAACUUACUGUUUCAUUCUUGGAUGAUCCUAUCAAAUUCCUUCAACAACAUAUUGAUGAAUUCAUCGAGUCUUUCCUCGAAGAUCCUUUGGAAGCCAUCAAAGCAAAACCAUACAUUGUGGCUGGUUUUUCAGCCGUGGUCAUAUUUUUAUUCGCGCUUCUUAAGUUGUUGUUCGGGUUGAUAUCACCCGCAAAAAAGGCAUCCGGAAAACACAAAAAAACUGAUGAACCAACCCCCGAUGACAAUAAUGCCGACAAGGGUGACGCAAGUACUUCAAAAGAUGAUGGUAAUGAAGGUGAUAGCGAGACAGAAACGAAAAAAACCACCACUAAAAGAUCAGCAAAAAAAACACCCAAAAUCUAA